AUGGCUAUUCUCACCUCAGGUAUCGACACGAGCGACUUCGAGCAGUGCUGGGAAACCCUCAAGCAAGCCCUUACCGACAUUCACAACCAGAACUGCAGUACCCUCUCCUUCGAGCAGCUUUACCGAGCUUCAUACAAAAUUGUUCUUAAGAAGAAGGGCGAGAUGCUAUACGACCGCGUCAAGCAGCAUGAGGAGCAAUACUUCUCCGAACAUGUCAUUCCCGAGAUUGACAAGCUCGUCACCGCAAACCUUGUCAGCGCUGCUAUGGGCGGCUCGGCUACCUCGGUCAACGAGCGACGCAAGAUGGGCGAGCACUUCCUGAAGGGCGUGAGGGCCUCUUGGGACCACCACAACACCUCAAUGAACAUGACUGCCGAUAUUCUCAUGUAUCUCGACCGUGGAUAUACUCAAGACGCCCGCCGAGCGUCCAUAUACACUGCGACUAUCGGCUUGUUCAGAGAUCAUAUCCUGCGAGCCUGCCUCAACUCGAGCGGGGAGUACACCGUUUUCGACAUCCUCAACUCAGUCAUUUUGGACCAUAUCAAUAUGGAGCGGGACGGAGACAAUAUUGACCGCCAUUUGCUGCGCAACAUCGUUCGAAUGCUGGAUUGUCUUUACGAGUCGGAUGAGGAGAACGAGUCGGAAAAGCUGUAUCUCACAACAUUCGAACCAGCGUACCUCCAGUCUGAGCGAGAAUACUACAAGCAGGAGUGCGAGCGCUUGCUCCGCGAUGCUGAUGCCGGUGCCUGGCUUCGGCACACGCAACGGCGCCUUGCAGAGGAGAACGACCGAUGUGACACCACCAUUCAUUAUGAGACGAGGGAGAAGUCGAUUAAGGUUGUUGAGGAGGAGUUGAUCUCGGCGCACCUGGACGAUUUCCUGAAUCUUGAGGGCAGUGGACUCAAGUCCAUGGUCAACUACGACCGUGAAGAGGAGCUAUCCAUUCUUUUCAAGCUCGUCUCAAGGGUCGACCCGAAGAAGACGUCGCUGAAGACGAUUCUCUCCGCCCGCGUCGUUGAGCUCGGUCUCGAGAUUGAGCAAAUCCUCAAGGAUACCAACUUUGCUACGGCGGCUGUGGCUGACGGCGAAGAGGGCGAGGGCGCCGAGAAGGCCAAGACUCUGAGCUCAUCAGCCCAGCAGACCGCUGCUGCUAUCAAGUGGGUUGACGAUGUAUUGAAGUUGAAGGAUAAGUUCGACAAUCUGUGGAAGAAAUGUUUCCAGGAAGAUUUGAUCAUUCAGACCGCUCUCACGAAGAGCUUCUCCGAUUUCAUCAACAUGUUCACCAAGAGCUCAGAAUACGUCUCACUGUUUAUCGACGACAACUUGCGCCGCGGUAUCCGAGGCAAGACCGAGACCGAAACUGAGGAGGUGCUGGAGAAGGCCAUCACUGUCAUCCGCUACCUUUCCGACAAGGAUCUCUUUGAGAGGUACUACCAGAAACACCUCGCCAAGCGUCUCCUUCACAACAAGUCUGAGAGUCAUGACGUGGAGAAGUCGAUGAUCUCGCGAAUGAAGCAGGAACUUGGCAACCAGUUUACUGCCAAGUUCGAGGGCAUGUUCCGAGACAUGGAGUCAUCCGCCGAACUGUCUUCCGGCUACAGAGAUCAUAUCAGGGGUCUGGGCGAUGUCGAGCGUAAGCAGAUUGACCUUGCCGUCAACAUCCUGACGACCAACUCAUGGCCUCCCGACAUCAUGGGACGCAACUCGCAAUUUGCCGAUGGCGCCGGCUGCAAUUGGCCGGACGAGAUCAAACGCCUGCAAGACAGCUUGCUCAAAUUUUAUCUCACUAACCGCAGUGGUCGUAAGUUGACAUGGUUGGGCUCGACCGGUAGCGCAGAUAUCAAGAUGGUCUUCCCUGCUAUCCCUGGUGGUAAAGGGCCGCUAUCGCGCGAGCGACGAUAUGAACUGAACGUCCCGACAUAUGGCAUGGUCGUUCUCAUGCUCUUCAAUGAACUGGAGGAGGAUCAGGAGCUGUCUCUGGAGGAGAUCCAAGCCAAAACCAACAUUCCCACACCCGAUCUCACUAGGGUUCUUGCUUCCAUCUCCAUUGUCCCGAAGGCCAGGGUUCUCCUCAAGGAGCCCGCCACCAAGUCAGUCAAGGCCGGAGACAAAUUCAAGUUCAACAGCGCCUUUGUCAGCAAGCAAGUGCGCAUCAAGGCUCCCAUCAUCAACGCCACGUCAAAGGUCGAGGGCGAUGAGGAGAGGAAGCAGACUGAAGAAAAGAACAACCAGACCCGUGCUCAUGUCAUCGACGCUGCGCUCGUGAGAAUCAUGAAGCAACGCAAGGAGCUCACCCAUACGCACCUCCUUAGCGAGGUCAUCGAGCAACUCAAGAGUCGCUUCACGCCUGAGGUCACCCUCAUCAAAAAGCGCAUCGAGGAUCUAAUUGUACGCGAGUACCUCGAACGAGUGGAGGACGUCUCGACCCCGACUUACCGCUACCUCGCUUAA